AUGCUUGAAAUUGUACUUAGGAGGCUCAAUCAGGGCUCGUUGGAAAGGUUGUUGAAUUUCCUAUCGAGCGAUAUCACAAUGUUGACACAACGAAUAAAAUUGCGCAAUUUUGCACUCAAAUCGGAACAGAAUUGCGCUUUGGUUUCUGUUUACCUCGAACGCUGUUCCCCGAUCAACCUGGAGUUUUGUGAAUUUAAUAUCGCACUGGGUCGAUAUGGGAAACCGGAAGAGCACGAGAUGUUACCGUUACGUGCAGUGCAAACUCCGGAUACGUGGUUCGAGUCCGGUGAGAGGUUGAGAACGGAUCAACCAGAACAAUCAAAUCAAGCUGAGGCUACCUAUCCAUGUGUUCCCACUCCGGAACUAUCCCCAACAUCGGAACAGACGACGGGGACGAUGAAAUCUGUUCUCGUACUGGCCUUCUACACACUGAUUGUGCGCACGGACUGUGUGGAACAAGGCAAAAUAGAUCAGGGUCCUACCGGGAGUCAAGGUUGGAGUCCAGCCGGUGAGCUAUCUGAUUCAAGAUAUCUGCCAAUGGGACGAGAAACUCAAGCGCAACUCGUUUGGGAGGAAGGGGUCACGGAUGGUGGACGAACAGGUCGAAUGUUAUCGUUCCUGAUUCAUCUGUUGGAUAUUCAUGCUUCAUUUUCAUAG